AUGCUCAAUGACAGCGACGGCCAUGCGAAACGGAGAUAUGAGGAUUCCUACGAGCUCAAUUCCGUCCAGCUGUCCGCCAUCAACGCACCCGAGGAACUGAUCACCCCAUCGCUGUGCAAGUCCGGAGACGCCCAGGGUGAUUCAUGCGGCCACGACGCGCUGGAAAAAGAUAAGCCACGUAGGACCACAGUGCUGAUCGCCGCCGCCGCACAUGCAGCGGUCCCCAGCUGGGCCACUCUGGUGUUGAUGGCCUCCCUGAUUUUCGGGGGUUGCUGUGCCAAUGUAUUCACGCUCGAAGCGAUCAUCAAAGAACAACCGACUGCCGGCCCUUUGAUCACGUUCGCCCAAUUCAUUCUGUGUGCACUCUUUACUCUCCCGCACUUCCUGUCCUUCUCCGCAGGUCCCCGGGCAUUGUUCCUCAGCCCACGCGCGAUCCCCUUGCGAUCAUGGCUGAUAUACACGGCCUUUUUCGUGACGGUCAAUCUUCUGAACAACUGGGCCUUCGCGUACAAGAUCUCGGUGCCGCUACACAUCAUCCUUCGGUCUGCGGGUCCGGUGGCCUCGAUGAUCAUUGGGUAUCUCUUUAACAACAAGCGCUAUUCCCGGGGACAGAUCCUCUCCGUGGCCAUGUUGACGGCGGGUGUCGUGGCAGCGGCGUUGGCCGAUGCUCGCGCCAAGGGACAUGCAAUUGAAAUCGGGUCCCCCAGCGGCGAGACACCGCUGAUGACCACCGCAACGGGCUUCACGAUCCUCGCAUUGGCCAUGGUUUUAUCGGCCUUUCAAGGAAUCUACGCGGACCAGCUAUACGCAACCUAUGGGCGAGACCAUUGGAAAGAGGCUCUCUUCUAUUCACAUACACUGUCACUGCCCCUUUUCUUAACUAGCUACCCGCAGCUGUCAUCUCAAUGGCGAGUAGUGUCUUCAACGCCAUCUCUUUUGUCCCAGGUUCCCGCCAAUACGAACUCGGGACUCGGGUCCACCUCUUCGGCUCUUUCGUUCUUGGCGCAGGCGCAAGAGUACCAGUCCGUCCAGUCGGUUCUCGCACAACUUCCAGUACAAGUGGCAUAUCUUCUUAUGAACGCGCUGACACAAUAUCUGUGCAUCCGCGGUGUUCAUCUAUUGUCCGCCAAGUCCUCAUCGUUGACGGUUACCAUUGUCUUGAAUAUCCGGAAACUCGUCUCGCUUCUGCUGUCCAUUUAUCUUUUUGGGAAUCAUCUUGCAUCAGGUGUUCUGGUCGGGGCGGCCCUGGUCUUUGUCGGGGGUGGACUGUACGGCUUUGAGGGCGCCCGCCUACGAAACGCUUCGACGCGGAAGGCUCGGUGA